AUCCGAAAUUGAGCUCGAAAAAAUUAUUGUUGUGCUCUGCAACAGAAAUCAAGCGGGAAAGCAAACUUGUGUUGCCCGUUUGAAAUGUCAGAUUCCUAGCUCUGCCCAAACAUGUGGUGUUUUGUGUCUUUACCAGACUCUACAGUCAGUGAAUUCGAUCUUCCAGAGAGGGCAAGGGGACAGGAGUUACUCGAUGCGGUUUGCAAGCGACUGGGGAUCAUAGAAGUGGACUAUUUUGGCUUACAGUACGCGGGGACGAAGGGGGAAACGUUGUGGUUGAACACAAGGAAUCGAAUCAAUCGGCAAGUUUCCGGUGGCCCGCCACUUCGCCUGCAGUUCCGAGUAAAAUUUUUUGUCCAACCUCAUUUGCUUCUCCAGGAGGCAUCUAGGCAUCAACAUUUUCUUCACCUGAGAAAAGAUUUUGAAGGCAGAAAAGUAGUCACAAAUCCUGUAAAAUCAGCACGAAUGUAUGCACUAUUGGCUCAAGCGACUAUUGGAGAUCACUGCAAUUCGCACUUUGUUUGCAAAUUUUGCCAAAACACUGAGAACAACAGUUUCGAGUGGACUUCGGACCUUCGGACAAAUAUAACACAAGAACACGAAAAACUCAACGGGGUAAAGCCCUCCACUGCAGAGUAUCAUUUUCUAAAAGAAAUCGCUGAACUUGAGGACUUCGGAAUAGAGUUUCACACUGCAAGAAAUAACAUUGGACAACAGCUACACAUAGGAGUUGGAAGCGAAGAAUUGCGCAUUUUCGAUACUGAGUUUAACUUCAUCGAAAGAAUCUCCUACAAUGUUCUAAAGAUGGCAACACACAUCGCCAAGAGUUUGUUCUUGACAAUCAUGACUACAGAUGGGGAAGAUAAUGUUGUGGAGUUUAAACUCAUUACUCAAGGAGCCGCGUGUGGGCUAUAUCGAUCCAUUACAGAAUAUCAUGCGUUUUAUCGCUGCGAGACUGUGCGGAACUCUGUCAAGAGUCAGUUCACAAGAGACUUUAGAGAGACCUUCUUUUCUCUGUUCAAUGAGGAGGAAUCGGACAAAAAGUACAUUUUUGAUGUAAAAAGGACUUGUAAAGAGGUUUAUGAUUAUUAUCGGAGAGUGCUCUACAACCAGGGGUGCGACCCCAUCAAUGGAGUCACUAACAAUGUCCGGGAGGCUGAGCCACCCACACAUGACCUAAACGCCUCAAGUGAUUACAGCCUGCAAGAAAAGCUGAGUAAACUAGAGGAUGGACUACGAUGUAAGGUUUGCAUGGAUGAACAGAUCAACGCUGUACUGAUUCCUUGUGGUCACAUGGUUUGUUGUGAACAGUGCGCAAUGAAUUUGGAAGCAUGUCCAGUCUGUCGGGGAGCCAUUGAUCAUGUACAGAAAGCUUUUCUUCCAGUUGCCAUCCAGUGAUAUGUAUGAGAAAAAGGGGCAAAAAUUAGUUAGUAUGUUUUAACUCAUGUAGUGCAGGUGAAGAAAGUUUUGAUAACCCAUGGCUAAUACCAUUUAUUUUUUCAUUAGAGUAAGCAUUCAAUCCUUUUUUCCAAGUUAUACAAAUAAGUCAAUAGGGUCUAUCCAGUUCUACAGUAUGUCAAAUCCAUAUUAAUAUGAUAAACAAUGAAAGCCGUGUAGCCAUGGUUUUCUAAAAUAUGGGUACGCAUUCAUAUAAAUAAUCUGUGAAGUCUAACAUUAGACAACUCCUCUAGAUGAAAAUACUUGUUUAUUGGGUUGAUAAGGUCAAUUCCUGGCUGUACACCUGCAACAAUAGAUGAACUCUCAGUUCUUUAGUCCACAUGCAGACGAUUGCUGAUGAUGUAUCAGAGAAAACUCAACAUGCAUGAUCAUCAUAGGGUUUUUUUUCUGACGCCUGUAAACAAGGUAGCAACUCUUUUAUUUAUAGGUAAACAUCAGCAAAGGUUAUUUUUAUUUAUUCACAGUCAGCAAGAAAAACUUGCACGGAAAUAAGUGGCAUUUGCCAAUGGAUCAAUAUAAAGAAUUCCUCAAUUUAUAAAACUAUGAUUUUUUUUUUAAAGGAUGUUCUGACUUAUUUCUGUAAUAUUUAAGUCUUCUCUUUAUAUCGGUACGUACUUCUAGAGAAAAAAUGAAUAAAAUAAAAACGGUACAAAGUUUUAUUUCCAGCAAUGAAAACUAUCAUUGUUGAAGUUUAGGCAUUGAAUCAUUAAAGUGUAUAGUAUAGAAAAAACAAACAAAAAACUGCAGUCGUCAUUCUGUUUUGAUUAUGUUUAGUACAAGCAAAUAAUGAUAUGAUAAGUGAUAUGUUAGUGAUACACCAACUAGGUCGCAACCCAGCUUUUCCAGUUUAAACCAUUUAUAAUUAAGUGACUUGGCACUUGGUAUGCUACACAAAUACGUUGCACCAUAGCUACUCUCGGCCGAGGUAUAUAAUAUAACUAUGGACUAUUGAUGACUCUUGACAGAAAGAUAUAGAAAUUGGUUUACAGAUAGGUUUUGAGGUGUAAAAGUAAAGGUUUUGAUAAGAAAUUUCCAAGUUCCAUAUCAAUGGAUGAUUGUGGCAGGCCAACAAAAUUCCAGCAAGCAACCAGAACUUCGCAUUUAACACCGAAAAACACUUCAAUACGCACGCUUGGUAGGUGUUUUAACAGGGAGAGAGGAAUAGUACAUAGGGAGAGCAAUUAUAUUAUUUCUAUAGAUAUACAGAUUUGUAGCAUUUUUAAUAAAGUUUAUUAUUGUAUUA